AUGGAUGCCUAUGAACCUCCAACACUGGAUGUUGUAGUCUUUGGAGGUUUGACGGUGGUAUUGGCCAUUGGGAUCUUCCUGUUCUCCUUCCUGGAGAAGGUCCUCCUUCCUUCUGAGGAAGCCUUGGCCAAGCAAGGCAAAUACAAUGAAACCGCCCAGCUGAAGAAAAAAGAGAAAAAGCAGAAAGAGGAAGCUGUAGAGAAAAAAGCAAAAGGAAAGGAAAAGGAAGAGAAACGAAACGGAAAGAUCGCAGAGCAGCACCAAAGUGCUCCAGCUGUCAGCUCCGUCACUAUCAAGAAACCAAAUGUUCUUCCAACCCAUGAGGAGCAGAAGCCUAAUGGACCUGUCAAGAAGGCAGGUGCAUCCGAGAAGAAACGCGAGCCAGCACCUGCGGACUCGGAUGGGCCCCUCUACCUGCCCUACAAGACGCUUGUGUCCACGGUCAGCAGCACGGCGUUCAGCGAGGGGGAGGCCCAGCGGCUCAUCGAGAUCCUGAGGGAGAAAGCGGGCAUCGUCCAGGACACCUGGCACACGGCCAAGCAGAAGGGUGGCCCGGUCGCUGUCCUGAAACGCCGGCUGGAGGAGAAGGAGAAGCAGCUCGCCACUGAGCAGGAGGCUGCAGCCGCUGCCAGAAACAAGAGGCGGGAGCUGAGCAAGGAGCUGGUGGCCGAGCGGGCUAAGGUGACGGCUCUGGAGGGCAAGCUGAAGGAGCAGCUGCUGGCCCGCGAGCAGGAGAUGGCAGCGGUGCAGGCACGCACGCAGGCCAUCAACCAGGACCAUGCCCAGAAAACGCAGCAGCUCCAGGACAAGAUCCGGACCCUGCAGGAGCAGCUGGAGAACAGACCCAACACGGAGCUGGCUCGCCUGCAGCAGGAGAACUCCAUGCUGAGGGAUGCCCUCUACCAGACCACCAGCUGGUUGGAGAGCAAGUAA